AUGUGGAAGCAAUUUACUGUCCAGGGUAAUACAGUAUAUCUUGAUACGCUGCAAAAAAUACUCAAGCAGUGUAAUAACGCUAAACAUAGUUCCAUUAAAAUGACAACUGUAGAAGCCAGUAAAAAGAAGAAUGAAAGUACCGUGUAUUUUAAUCUAUAUGGUGAUAUGGAGCAAUUGUCGUCUAAACCUAGGUUCAAGAUUGGUGAUAAAGUUAGGAUAGGUAAAUACAAAAGAAAGCUAUUUGAUAAGGAUACACACCUAAUUGGACUGAAGAAAUAUUCCUGGUCGAUAAAAUUCAAUCCACAAAUCCAAUUACCUACAGCUUAAAGGAUCUCAACAACGAGGAGAUACAAGGGAGCUUUUACGAACCUGAAUUACUGCCGGCAAAACAAGAUAUAUUCCGUAUUGAUAAAGUCAUUCGGAGGGAUUAAAAAAAGAAACAAGCUCCUGUGAAGUGGCUGGGAUAUAACAACGACUUUAAUUCUUGGAUUCCACUGAGUAGUUUAAAAGAUUUAUCUAACAUAUAUAUAAAUGACUGAUAAAAUACCAAAAUAUAUUGAAAAGCUGCAUUCAAAUAUUCACAGCAAAGAAGAUGAACUUGAUAAGCUGUAUGAUAAAAUCAAUAAAGCGGAGGAAGAUCUUUCUGCAAUGAGGCAUAAACAAUCUCUGAUGAAAAUAUAUUUGAAAAAGGUGAAAGAAAUGGAUGAAUACAUAACUCUGGAUGAUCUUCUUCAGGUAAUUUGUGCUGAUACUACGAAUGACAACUAAAAAGAGUACUUUUUAUCUAACAUAUAGUAAGAGUAUUCAGAUUAAUAUCUGCCUUUUGCUAUAAUGGCCAAAAACAUUUUAUGGUUCUGGUUGUUGAAACCAAAACUAUUUAAAGAAAUAUUACAUGCAAUAUAAUAAUGACAAUGAUAGAAAAAAAUUCACGAAUAAUGAGUUGGAAAUUGAGUUGACUUCAUAUAUUGAUGACAAGCAAAAUAUCUGGUUCAAGGGAAAAGAUAUUGCUCAAAUCCUUGGAUACAGUGAUACGGAUCAAGCUUUAAGAAAAAAUAUUGAUCCUGAGGAUAGAAAAAGCUAUCCCGUCUACAAGACGGGUCAGGUCCGCCGGCAUACUUUCAUAAGUGAAUAUAGUUUUCAUUCUCUCAUCUUGUCUUCGAAACUGGAAAUAGCAACAAUAUUCAAACAUUCCCAAGUACUGCCUUCAAAAAGAAAAUAUGGUCAGUUCAAACUGUUUGACAAUCCUAAUAAAAACAUGUUUAAAAUAGAAAAUGAGACUGAUCUUCACUGCAAAGUAGUUCAAUACAUGAGGAGAUUUUAUCCAGAUGCCAUCAUUGUGGCCGGGCUUGGUGAAAACCAGGAUACACCA